AUGCGCGUCAACACCAUCCUCCCCGCCGCCGCCAUGGUCGCCAGCACGGCCUCGGCCAAGACCAUCAUGGUCGACGUCGGCAAGGACGGCCUCACCUUUAGCCCGGACAUGAUCACCGCCAGCAAGGGCGACAUGCUCUCCUUCCACUUCUACCCGCGCAAGCACAGCGUCGUCCUCGGCACCAUGGACAAGGCCUGCUCGCCGGCCACGUCGGGCAUGUUUUACUCUGGCUUUGUGCCCACCUCCAGCGGCGAAGCCAAAGAGACGUUCGAGGUCAUGGUCAACUCGACAGACGCCAUGUACAUUUACUGCUCCGAGGCCCAGCACUGCCAGGACGGCAUGGUCGCCGUCAUCAACGGCAGCGAGGACGACCUGUCCAAGUACAAGGACGCCGCGGCCAAGGCGUCGGACAAUGUCUCCCCGGACUCUGUCACCGGCGGCAUGAUCAUGAGCGCCGGCGGCAGCGGCGGCAGCAGCAUGAGCAUGACCACCUCCGGCAGCAUGAGCAGCAUGCCGUCUGGCUCGUCGAUGAGCAGCAGCAUGAUGAUGACUGACUCGUCCAUGAGCAGCAUGAUGUCCUCUGGCUCCAUGAUGAGCAGCGGCACCCCCACCAGCGGCGCCGCGAGCUCCACCAGCGGAAGCGGCGCGGCCUCGUCGACGCCCAGCAGCACCGACAAGCCCGCUGCCGCGCCGGCCGGCUUCAAGGCCUCGGUGGCAGGCGUCCUCGCUGCCGCGGGUGGUGUCGCCGCCAUGAUGCUGUAG